CUUCCCUUCGAUCUUUCAGGAUUUCCUCCUGCGUUUUCGCAGUCGCUCGUUGAAUUUCUCGGCUCGAUCCGGCGUUCUCCGCGGCGGCGCGAGCGCUGAGGGCAUGGCCAACAUCACCGUCUGCGCGCGGUUCAGGCCUCUGAGCUCGAGAGAGAGGCGCGAUCAUGGCGGCGAUUCCGUCUGCAUUGAGCGGAUCGACGACGAGGCCUUCAAUCUCAAGGAUGAAAAGGAAGGAGAGCUGAAGUUCGGCUUCGAUAAGGUGUUCUACGACGACUCCAAGCAAGAUGAUGUCUAUUCGUUUCUGGCUCGUCCUGUUGUUCGAGAUGUGGUAAAAGCAAUAAAUGGGACGAUCAUUACGUAUGGACAGACUGGAGCUGGAAAGACAUAUAGUAUAGAGGGACCAAGCAUCCUCGAAUGUGAUGAUGCCAAGAAAGGUCUCCUUGCAACAGUGGUUGAUGGAAUUUUCAGAGAAAUCACUUCUGCUGAUUCAAUGAAGUAUACAAUCAAAUUGUCCAUGGUAGAGAUCUACAUGGAGAAAGUAAGGGACCUUUUGGAUCUUUCAAAGUACCGCAUACAAAUUAAAGAGACCAAAUCACACGGGAUAUUGUUACCUGUAGUUACGGAGAUAUCUCUAUCAGACAUUGCUGAAGCAUUACAAAGCUUAUCUAGUGGUAUAUGCAACAGAGCAGUUGGAGACACCCAAAUGAAUGCGGGCAGCACCAAUAGCCAUUGUAUUUACAUAUUCUCAGUGCACCAAGAAUCAACCAAACAGACGAGAACAUUUGGAAAACUGAUUCUCGUGGACCUGGCUGGCUCUGAGAAAGUUGAGAAAACAGGAGCAGAGGGCAGGGUUCUUGAAGAAGCUAAAACCAUCAAUAAGUCCCUGUCAGCACUUGGAAAUGUGGUACAGGCCUUGACAUGUGGUCCAAACGUGAAAGGAAAUCAUAUUCCGUAUCGCAACUCCAAACUUACUCGGAUUUUGAAAGAUUCUCUGGUGAGACUGCCCCACAUUAGCCCUUCUAUUAUCCUGCUAGCAUGUAUUCAAAACAUAAAUAGUAAGUUCGUCUCACAGGGAGGGAACUCUCACAUGGCAUUACUAUGUUGUUGUUCACCCAGCCCUUCAAAUGCGUCAGAAACUCUGUCAACCCUCAGGUUUGGUGCCAGGGCAAAGCAUAUAAAAGCAUCGCCGCGUGUCCACUGUACCAGAGAUAAACAUGCGAAGACACUCGGAACAUCCUUCCCAUCUGAAGAUGAAUCACGUGACAAAGUUAUGGAAAAGCCAAGGGAGAGCAUGGAUGCUGAAGAUGUCAAGUUGCUUCAGGAUUUAUUCACAUGGGAGGGAAGAGCGCUUGAUCCUAAUUUUCUUGAGGACUUGGAAUUUGAUCGGGGGGAGGUUGCUGCACCAACUAAUUUUCCAUUCCAACAAGCCGUGGAGGAGCUUGCCUCCGCCGUUGAGCUGCUUAAAGAUCAGACCAAAGUUCUCGAGGUGAUGCUGGUAGUUGCGACAAGGAUGCUAUCAUCUCAAGGUGAGGCAAGUGGAAAUCUCGGCUUUAUGCACUUAGUGUUGGAGUCUCUAAAACCGUCCAUCGCUUGGGUCUCGUCAUCGCCCCUGGUCAAGCUGUUGAUAGACAGCUAUGUCCUUAUCCCUUGUUGCUGGUUUACAAAGUGAGAAAAGUUUCCAUAUAAGAACCAUGUUAGAACCUCAGUUUUUGA